CAUCACUGCAGCAGCUGUUGUGUUCUGUUGUGUUGUGUUGUGUCGUUCAAGGUGUUCCAGAUGGUUCUGUUGGUGCUGCUGACCGCCUGCGUGUGCUCGGCGGCGAGGAUCCCUCAGCUCAAUCAACGCCCGAUCAUCGGUGUGCUGGCACAACAUGUCCUGCCAUUUGACCAUAAUGCACCAGGCUCCUACUAUAUUGCCGCCUCCUAUAUCAAAUUCCUGGAAAGUGCCGGGGCCCGCGUCGUUCCCAUCAGAGUCACUCAUACAGAAGAAGAAUUUGCUAAGAUCUUCUCUUCCAUUAAUGGGUUGCUGUUGCCGGGAGGAGACGUGGACAUCCAGAACUCGCAGCACACUCGGGCCGCCAAGAUCUUGUACAACCUCGCUCUGAAGGCUAACGAUGAUCAUGACCACUUCCCCAUCUGGGGGACUUGUCAAGGUUUCCAGCAGCUGUCAGUCUUGACGGCCAACAAAAACCUCCUGACGCUCACCGACACCAAAGGGGUGGUGCUACCCCUCACUUUCACGCCAGAUGCCUCGUCCAGUCGUCUGUUCAGGAACUUUCCCGAGGACCUAAUGGAUUCACUGGCUGAGGAGAACAUCACUAGCAACUUCCACAGCUGGAGUCUGUCUCUUCAGAACUUCAGCCAGAACGCCAAGCUGAAGAAGUUUUACAAAGUGCUUUCUACAAACACGGAUGGGAAGAAGGACUUCAUCUCCACCAUGGAAGCCUACAACUACCCCUUCUAUGCCGUGCAGUGGCAUCCAGAGAAAACCCCUUUCGAGUGGGUGGAUAAGCCUGGCAUGGUCCACUCCCCCUCAGCUGUACGAGCUUCCUUCUACACUGCGAGCUUCUUUGUUUCGGAAGCCAUGAAGAGCCGACACAGCUUCUCCAGUCCAGCAGAGGAGGAGCAAGCACUCAUCUACAACUUCUCCCCCAUCUUCAAAGGCUCCAACGCCAUCUUUGUGCAGAUCUAUUACUUCUGACUGACACCCGGGAGAAAUCUGACAUGAGAAGACCUAACGUGUCACCCAAGCAACCAAAUGAAAAUAACUCUUAGUCAUCAAGUCAGUGCUCUCUAGAUUAGUUUAUUUCACUUAUUUGUUUGUCAAAUUGUAAAAUGAUCCUUGUUAAAAAGGAGCGUGUAAUAUCCAUGCCAGGCCACUAAUUGGCAACACUUGCAACACUAACUGUCUCACGCCAUGCUGUGUCUCAAAUCAAAUCAAGUAAGUAGAAUGUGCUUGUUCUAUUUUUAAACAAAGAAAGCAAUCUGAGGUUGUCUUUAUUUUUAAGUUAUCGUGCCGUGAUUUUACCGGUCCGGCCCACUUGGGAGUGGCCCCCGAUCUAAAAUGAGUUUGACACCCCUGGACUAAAGUGUGCAAAUUGAGACACAGCAUUACUCUAGGAAAGGUAAUAUGGCAUAUAAGUCAUGUUGUCUGUUGGUCACAGUGUUUUUAUAUUUCGAGACCUUGUUAAAAUCUAAGAGUGUAGAUUGAGGAAAAUGUAAAUAUACCACCCAUGGACAAUAAAAUAUGAACUCUCCAGUUUUGGAGGAUGAUCAUUCAGUUGUUUAAUUUUGUAGAUAAAAACAGAUAACAGACAUGGCGCAAAACAGUCAUUUCAAAAGACAACUUUCUGGCUUUAUAAUCGAUCCCAACUGGACUGUUUGGUUUGUCUUAGAAGACAUUUCGCCUCUGAUGAAGCCGACUCGGAUGAGAGGCAAAACGUCUUCUAAGACAAACCAAACAGUCCAGUUGCCAUCAAUUGAAUGCCCUGAGAUUUUCUGGCUUUAAGAAACACUAGGAACGUUUUUUUUUUUUUUUUACAGUUUUUGCUCUAUGGCAAGAUGCAUUGUCAUCUUGAAAAAUUAUGUCAUCAUCCCCAAACAUCCUUUCGAUAAAUGUCAAUGUAAACUUGUGCAUUUAUUGAAGAUGUAAUGGCAGCCAUCUCCCCUUUUGCCAUUACCUGACAUGCAGCAACAUAUCAUCAAUGAUCGUAGAAGUGUUCAUGUUUUCUUCAUAAAUCUCACUGGAACGGCACCAAACAAAAGUUCCAGCGUCAUCGCUUUGCCGGAUGCAGACUCGCGAUUCAUUACUAAAUAUGACUAAACCAGUCAUUCAUAGUCCACCAUCUCUUUUCCUUAGCCCAUUGGAACCUUGUUUUUUAUGGUCAUCCCUCAUUCUUUGCUCAAAAUUGAAUGACUCCAUUUUUUAACUCUGCUUGAUCUAAAAACUAAACUGUUACUGACUACCACAAUUUAUAUUCGUGAUUUCCUUUAGUGUUUCUUUAAGCCGGGAAGUUGCCAUUUCAAAUGACUAUAGUUUUGUGUCAUGACUGUUAGUUGCUUUUUUUUCUACAAAAUUAAACAACAUCCUCUAAGUUAAUAUUUUUUUUGCCAGGGGUUGUACAUAUACAUGCACAUACACAUUUGCAGUACAUAUACAUGGUAACACUUUAGUAUAGGGAACACAUAUUCACCAUUAAUUCGUUGCUUAUUAACAUGCAAAUUAGUAACAUAUUGGCUCUUAAUUAGUCAUUGUAAAUGCCUUAUUCUGCAUGGCCUUAUUAUACAACCAGUAAGCCAUUAACUAAGAGUUAACUAACCCUAACCCUUAUUGCUUAUUAGUAAUCCUAACCCUUAUUAGUUCUCCUAGUGUCCAAAUAACUCUAAAUUAAGUAUUUGUUACUUUAUUAAGCAACUAAUUAAUGGUGAAUAUGUUCCCCAUACUAAAGUGUUACCAUAUACACUUAAACAUAUGCAUAUACAUGAAGGUCAUGUCUGGUCUCCUUGCUUUAUUUCUGCUUAAUUAAUGUAUCAGUUAUUCAAUAAAAGCAUCCUGGACUUCUGA